AUGAUCAAAGCUAAUGUACACACCGAGCAACCUCAACGCUCCAAGAUCAAUUCCAUUCAAGAAGUUCUCCGGCCAGAAACUAAGGAUUACUACAUUGUAGAUGCUUCUUGGAUAUCGCCAACAGAUAAAGCUGGCGUCGGGUGGUCCUUACACAGCAGAGAAGGCACUCUUCGUAUCCGUGGAAGUUCUGCAAUACAUCAAACGAUCUCUCCGUUGGUAGGAGAAGCGUCAGCCAUGUUGCUAGCAGUUCAUCAAAUGGUUAGACUGUCUUACAAGAAAGUUAUGUUUGUAAGUGACUGGCAGCUUCUAAUUAUACAUCAGGUGCAAGCUUGGGAAAGUCAUAAAGAAGCUGAAAUGGACAUCAAUGAAGCAACAUCCAUUAUUCAAGACAUUUGGAACUACUCUAAAAACAAUAGCUUCAGUUUCUCUUUUGUUCCUAGAACUUGUACGCAAUAUGCAGGUCUGCUUGCAAAAAUGGCCAGGAUAAACAAUCAGAAUUAUUUAAUAUCUUGGUCCUCUUAA